CCCACGUUUUAUGCCUUAAAGUGUCCCGUUGCCCUUCUUACGAUUAAGGCAAUGGUAACAGCUACUGUGUUGAACGAACCUCGCAUGGGUGCAUCUUUGCUCCGUCUUCAUUUCCAUGAUUGCUUUGUCCAAGGGUGUGAUGGAUCAGUAUUGUUAGAGAACAAUGCAAUUUUCACAGGCGAACAAAGUGCUCUUCCCAACCUUAAUUCUCUAAGGGGUUUCGAUGUCAUAGAAAACAUAAAAGCUAAACUGGAGACUUUGUGCCCUGGUGUUGUGUCUUGUGCUGACAUUGUAGCCGUUGCUGCAAGGGAUUCUGUUGUUGCUCUUGGUGGGGUUGGCUGGGUAGUAAGCUUGGGAAGAAGAGACUCAACCACUGCAAGUUUAAGUGAAGCUAACUCAGAUUUACCGGCUCCGUUUUUGGAUCUCAAUGCCCUAAUCGCUGCUUUCUAUAAAAAGGGAUUCUCAGCCGAUGAGAUGGUUGCUUUAUCAGGUGCUCACACAAUAGGCAGAGCCAGGUGCUCAUUAUUCCGAACAAGGAUUUAUAACGAAAGCAACAUAGAUCCCUCGUAUGCAAAGUUAAUGAGAGCAUAUUGUCCCUUGGUAGGUGGUGAUAAUAACUUAUCUCCUUUAGACAUCACCACUGGAGAUACUUUCGACAAUACUUAUUACAAGGAUUUAAUGUACAAAGAGGGUCUUCUCCACUCUGAUCAACAGCUAUAUAACGGUGGUAUCACGAAUUCUAAGGUUCUACAGUAUGCCACGAAACCAUUGCUCUUCCAAUUAGAUUUUGGUAACGCCAUGAUCAAGAUGGGUAACCUUAGCCCACUAACCGGUAACCAGGGUCAAAUUAGAAGAGUAUGCAGCAGGGUGAAUUGA